UUUUUAAUAUGGCGGAAGCAUUGACCGCCGUUCGGACGUCUCGAUUUUUGUUAUUACGAAACAAGAAGUUCCUCACUUUAAUUUAUAAUUAGUGAAAAAUUGAACAGUCUAUGUUUGCUUGUGAAUUACAUUGUAACAAAAAUUAGCAAGCCAAAGUGAUCCAGAAACGUUGAAUCAGGUUGAAAAAUGUCAAAACGUGGCGCAUAUGGUGAUGAUGAAGAUAGUCCCCCGACACCGUCGGACGAGGAAUCCGACUUCGAUGAUGACGAGGACCCGGACAACUUGGAGGUACCAGGUGGCGGGAAAACUUUGGCAGCGGCCGCGCGCUUGGCGGACAAGAAGCCCAAUCCCACACCAAUGGUUACCGUGAAGCCGACUACAAACCCGUUAGCUGCGCCAUCUGGAGUAGCGUUCGGACAGGUUGCAAAUAUGAAACCCAUUAAGAUACAGGCCAGCCAGCUCACGAAGCCGAUCUCGCUGGGCGCCGGCCGGGGAGUAGUGGCGGCGGCGGGCGCGGGCGCGGGCGCGGCGCCGUCGCUGGCGGCCGGCUCCUCCGUAUACAGUGCCGCCUCGCUGCUCGCGCAGAUGGAGAUGGUGGGCAACAUGCCAGGCAUGAACUCGUACCUGCUGCAGAAUCUGAACCAGAUCCUGGCAUCGGGCAUGGGGGGACCCCUCGCAGGCAUGCUGGGCCAGCUCGCGCAGCUGCCGCCCUGGUCGCACCCCAAAGGCACCAUGUGGCAGCCCGACAAGAUGCCAGCAGAAGAGGAAGAAGUGGAUGACGAGGACAUGGGUGUGGCGGAAACGUAUGCAGACUACAUGCCGCUUAAACUGAAGCUGGGCCGCAAGCACCCGGACCCGGUGGUGGAGACGGCGUCGCUGUCGUCGGUGGAGCCGGCCGAGGUGACGUACGAGCUGGCGCUGCCCGGCGACACGGUGCGCGGCGGGCUGCUGUCGGCGCUGCAGCUGGAGGCCAUCGUGUACGCCUCGCAGGCGCACCAGCACCUGCUGCCCGACGGCACGCGCGCCGGCUUCCUCAUAGGCGACGGCGCGGGCGUGGGCAAGGGCCGCACGAUCGCGGGCAUCAUCUUCGAGAACUACGUGCGCGGGCGGCGGCGCGCCGUGUGGGUGUCGGUGUCCAACGACCUCAAGUACGACGCCGAGCGCGACCUGCGCGACGUCGGCGCCGGACACAUCGCCGUCUACCCGCUCAACAAGUUCAAGUACGCCAAGAUCUCGUCGGCGGUGAACGGGAACGUGAAGAAGGGAGUAGUGUUCGCGACGUACUCGGCGCUGAUCGGCGAGACGCAGUCCUCCACCACCAAGUACCGCUCGCGGCUCAAGCAGCUGCUGCAGUGGUGCGGCGAGGACUUUGAUGGACUUAUCGUGUUCGACGAGUGUCACAAGGCGAAGAAUCUGUGCCCGGUGGGGUCGGGCAAGGCGACGAAGACGGGGCUGACGGCGCUGGAGCUGCAGACGCGGCUGCCGAAGGCUCGCGUCGUGUACGCGUCCGCCACCGGCGCCUCCGAGCCGCGCAACAUGGCCUACAUGGUGCGGCUCGGCAUCUGGGGCGACGGCACGCCCUUCCCCACCUUCAUGGACUUCAUUAACGCCGUCGAGAAGAGGGGUGUGGGCGCGAUGGAGAUAGUAGCCAUGGACAUGAAGCUACGAGGGAUGUACAUCGCGCGGCAACUGUCCUUCCACGGCGUCUCCUUCAAGAUCGAGGAGGUGCCGCUCUCGGACGCGUUCAAGGAGACAUACGACAAGGCUGUCGCACUGUGGGUAGAAGCAAUGCAACGCUUCACGGAGGCGGCGGAGCUGAUCGACGCGGAGCCACGCAUGAAGAAGACCAUGUGGGGACAGUUCUGGUCUGCACACCAGAGGUUCUUCAAGUACCUGUGUAUUGCUGCUAAGGUGAACCACGCGGUGGUAACGGCGCGCGAGGCGGUGAAGUGCGGCAAGUGCGUGGUGAUCGGCUUGCAGUCCACCGGCGAGGCUCGCACGCUGGACCAGCUCGAGCGCGACGACGGCGAGCUCACAGACUUCGUAUCCACCGCCAAGGGCGUGUUCCAAACGCUGGUGGAGAAGCACUUCCCGGCGCCCGACCGCAACCGCAUCAACCGGCUGCUGGGACUCGAGCCGGCCAAGGCCAAGGGCAAGGCCGCGCCGCCCGCCGCCCCCGCCGCCGCCGCCGCCGCCGCCGCCGCCGCCGCCGCCGCCGCCGCCGCCGCCGCCGCCGCCGCCGCCGCCGCCGCCGCCGCCCACUACAACCCCAACGGGCUCGACGGCGACGCUAACACCUCCAAGAGGAAGCUGACGUCGCGGCAGCAGGCGAACCAGGCGGCCAAGCGCGCCCGCGGCGGCUCGUCGUCGGACGAGUUCGUGCGCGGCUCCGAGGACGAGCUGGAGCUGGACGCCGACGCCGACCGCGACUCCGACGACGCACGCCGCACCGACUCCGACCUCAGCGACUUCAACCCCUUCCGCGCCGGCAGCGACAGCGACGACGAUCCGUGGAUCGGCCGCAAAAAGAAGAUCACGAAAAAGAAAAAGGCACCGGCGCAGAAGAAGAAGCCGGCGAGCACGCAGGACAAGAUCGAGACGAUGUUCGAGCGCAAGAACAGCGCCCCGGCCGCCGCCCCCGUCACCGUGGCGGCGCCCGGCGGCCUGAUCACCGGCACACCCGUCGGCACCAACGGACUCUACCUCGGCCCGAGCCGCAGCCAGCCGCCGCCGCGGUCGGCCAUCGAGCGCGCGUGCAGCAUGAAGGAGGAGCUGCUGGCCGCCAUCGAGCGGCUCGGCCGCCGCCUGCCGCCCAACACGCUCGACCAGCUCGUCGACGAGCUCGGCGGCACCGACAACGUCGCAGAGAUGACGGGUCGCAAGGGUCGCGUGGUGCAAACAGAAGACGGCCAGAUCCUGUACGAGAGUCGGUCGGAGGCGGACGUGCCGCUGGAGACGCUCAACCUCACGGAGAAGCAACGCUUCAUGGACGGCGAGAAGGACGUGGCUAUCAUCUCGGAGGCCGCCUCCAGCGGGAUAUCGCUGCAGAGUGAUAGGAGGGCUAGAAACCAAAGGCGAAGGGUGCACAUAACGCUGGAGCUGCCGUGGUCAGCGGAUAGGGCUAUACAGCAGUUUGGGCGCACGCACCGGUCGAACCAGGUGAACGCGCCGGAGUACAUCUUCCUGAUCUCGGACCUGGCGGGCGAGCGCCGCUUCGCCUCCACCGUGGCCAAGCGCCUCGAGUCGCUGGGCGCGCUCACGCACGGCGACCGCCGCGCCACCGAGACCAGGGACCUCUCGCAGUUCAACAUCGACAACAAGUACGGUCGCGCGGCGCUGGAGGCGGUGAUGAAGGCGAUCAUGAAGUACGAGUCGCCGCUGGUGGCGGCGCCGCGCGACUACGCGGGCGACUUCUUCCAGGACGUGGCAAGCGCGCUCGUCGGCGUCGGCCUCAUCGUCAACAGCGAGGCGGCGCCCGGCGUGCUGUCGCUCGACAAGGAUUACAACAAUAUGUCAAAAUUCCUGAACAGGAUAUUAGGCAUGCCAGUAGAUCUGCAAAAUAGACUCUUCAAAUAUUUCACGGACACACUCACGGCUGUCAUGGAGCAAGCGAAGCGCAGCGGGCGGUUCGACCUGGGCAUCCUGGACCUGGGCAGCGCGGGCGAGCUCGUGCGGCGCGUGCGCUGCGUGCGCUUCGUGCGCCGCCACGCCACCGGCCGCGCGCCCGUCGAGCUGCACACCGUGCACUCGGAGCGCGGCAUGGAGUGGAUGGAGGCGCUGGAGAAGUGUUCGAGCGCAACGGGACCAAAGGACGGAUUCUACCUGUCGCAGGCGGCGCGUAACAACAAGUACACCGCCGUGCUGUGCCUCGCCGCGCACACCAACCCCCAUAAAAAGGAGAAGCUCUCCAAGAAGGAACAGAUGUUUCAGCUGUAUAGGCCGAACACGGGGCUGCAGCUGCGGCUGGAGUCGCUGGCGGAGAUCGAGAAGAAGUACAAGAAGGUGGAGAGCAGCGAGGCGGAGUCGUGGUGGCGCGGCCAGUACUCGGCCUCGCUGCGCGUCUGCAGCCACGCCUACUGGCGCGGCGCCUGCCGCGGCGCCGCCGAAUGCGAGGUGGGGCUGCGGCGGCGCACGUACCACGUGCUGGCGGGGUCGGUGCUGGCCGUGUGGGCGCGCGUGGAGGCCGUGCUGGCCGCGCGCUCGGCGCUCAACAAGAUGCAGGUCGUGCGCAUCAAGACCGACCGCGGCCUCAAGAUCGUCGGCACGAUGAUUCCAAAGAAUUGUGUGGACCCACUGAAGGAGACGCUCUCGUCGGACGCCGUGUCCGUCACCGAGCAAAACUUCGAACAGCCGGACACGCUCAAAUGAACCCUACAUGUUUAGUAAUUAAGUCUAGUUUAGCGCGGACCCCACUCACAGUUCCUCUAUCUCUUUAUUUACGUGUAGCCGGUACGCUCUGACCACCGGCUGGGAGGCGGGAGGCGAGGAAUGGCCUUACGACGGCGGCUCUCGAACGUAGUCAAUUACGGGCGAAGCAAUGCGGUACGACUGAUUUUUCUAUAGUUAGCUACUGAGCGUCGUUGACUUUUGUGAUAUUAUUACUAACACCUUGUUUCCACCCACACACAUGUUCUGUGCGAGACUUGUAGAAAACAUGCCUUGUGCAUGUAAUGUUUUAUACUUGUUUAUGACGUAUUUUUUGUACCGGUAUUUAUAAAAACAAAAUACGUGCUGUCUUGAUCUUGAUUUGAAAGAUACGCGAAAUAUUGUCUUAAACAUGUAUAAAAAUAAUGGUAUAUUUUGAUGUAAACCAGCUGGUUGAUUUGCACAUGUAAAUACAUGUUGUAUGUAAAAAGCCUGGGUGGAAACGCGGUGUUUGUUACCACGUCGUGUAGAGAAAUAAAGAUACAUGAAAAGAUGAUAUCAAGCAAAUAAAAAUAAUAUGCAAAUUAGAUUUAUCUAUGGUAGUCUUUUUAUUUCUCUAAUGUUCAGACACGACGUUCGGUUUUGUGAUCAACGACAUGUACGUUAAUUUAAGUCUACUCAAAGUAAACUUUAUGUACACUGCAUACGGCAUAUUUUUAAGUAAUACACAACCAACUAUAUUAUACGUCAGUUUUUUUUUUAUUAGUUUCAAUGUCAACACUUCAAAUAUUCAGCUUCGGGCACGAUGUAUACGUAUACGAAUCGAAUUUUAAUUUUUGUACAAAUAUCUAGUGUUAUAUCAAGUUAUAGAUGAAUUUUUUAUUAUUAUUAUUAUUAUUUUAAUUAUAUCGAUUUCAACUGUUUACCUGUGUAACAUAAUUUAUAAAUUAGUACGAUAUUGUAUGUGUAUCGAUUUUAAGCGAUGUUAUUGUAUGUUAUACGUGUUAUAAGGGAGUGCAAUAUGACUGCGGGCCGCAGGCCGCGGGCACCGAGGUGGCGCAUGUACAACUGUGCCAAUCUAAAACACUUAAUACUCAAUCCACUCUUUUGCUCGUAUAUUGAAAUAUUUGAUCUUUUAUUCACAGAUAUAAAAUUAAAAAAAAAAAGAAUGUUUUUAAAUUAAAACUAUGGGUUUAGUUGUCAACUUAGCAAUUUGGAAUUAGAACGCGAUGGGUCAAUUCAAACUACAUGUGUCGUACAAGUCGACUCUGGUCUGCGAGUAUUAACGCAUUAGUAUGUUGAAAAUGUUAGCCAAAAAUUCGAUCUGAACUUAUUUCAAGAUUUUCGUCGGAUUUUUAAUGUUUAGUUUAGUUAUAAAAUAGGUACUUAAAUAAUUAUCUUUAUCAAUCUGUUAAUAUCUCCUGAUACUUAGCAAAUUAACAAUAAAGCUAUAAAUAAAUAAUAAUAAUACAUUAUCUGCCCGUAGCUAACUCCUAGAGCAAAUAUUGUAAGAAAUACGCUCAGCUAUAUGGUUUAUAUAUAAAUGUGGACAUAAUAACACCUCCAUAUUUAUGAAUAUCAAUAGAUUUACUUUAGUUACAUUACUACACAUGUGUCUUACAAGAAAAAAAAAUAUAUUUAUUUAAAAUGUCUUGUAUGUACUUCCGUUUUUUUAUUUAAAAAAAAAUUGUUUAUGGUCUCGUUGUUUUUAAUUGAUAAAAAAAAAUACCAGAAACCAUAGUGUUUUAGAUUAGUACAGCCAGUUGUAUCCAAUUCAGUUGCAAUUCAUAUGUAAAUUUUAUAGGGACUAGUUAUUAUAUUAAGCAUUGAAUAGAGUAAACAGUGGACCGGAUUCUGAUGUGACGUCGAGCAAGUCCAGUCAUAAACACCAUUAGGUAAUCAUAGUUUCUGUGGUCAGGAUUAGCAACGUAACAUGCCUAAUACAACAACGUAAUAACUUUAUCAGGUUAAUUUAUUUUAUUUUAUUCAAAAAGAAAAAGAAAUUGCUUUUAUGGAAUUUCCCCUUUUUAUAUUCUCUUACUCUUUCUGUCUUUAUCUUACUAUUUCUCUCUUUCUCUCUAUGCAUAUUUAUCUGUGUCGUUUGUUGUUUGUGUACUGUAAAUAAUGCAAAUUAUCUAUCUAUUUAUUACAGUUACAGUUGUUUUUUUUUUAUUUAUAUAUUUAGUAAAUACUAAUAAAUAAUACACACAAGUUGUUUAGGUAUGAAUAACAAUAUUCACCAAAAGAAACCCUCACUGUAAAAUUAUGAGAACAGUAAUGCCACAUUUCUAUUUGAUGAUACCACAUUUUAGAAUCGUCUGACUUGUCUAGUCUACCAUCUAUCUGAAUUCUGUGAUCGCAUCAGAAUUGAUACAACUGUUAAUUAUGUUAGGUGUUAGUACAUAAAACAGAUAUUGACAGAUUAUUUUGAAAAAAAAAAACAUAGCUUUUAUAAUUUAAUUGUGGUGUUAUCAUGUUUACGUAGAAUACACAAUGAAAAUAUAAAGUCUGUUAAUACUAUGCGAUACUCUAAGCUAAUAAACACUAUUGAUUGUUCAUACUAAAUGCAGGUACGGUGUCCAUCGCACCGUCUCAUAUUCUUGUCUCGAUGUCUUUAGUGUAUAAAGACAGGAAAUAAAUGUAUAUAAUUAUAAAAUAA